GUCCAGGACGUCAUCGGCCCGGCUCCGCCCCCAAGGCGCGCAACGCUUACAGUCCAGGCUACUUUGAUGAAUUCUAGGAAAGGUGACUCGGACCUCCAGCUCCUCCAGACAAUGAGAUUACCUGGGACCUUGGGGGCCUCAGCUCCAGGCCGCGGAGCUCUUGGAGAGGUAACGGCACAUGAUGAGCGUCCAGCCUCCGAACGCUGGGGGGCGCUGUGAGCUGCCAGUGACCUCCCGCGCACCGGAAUACGAGGCGCAAGCGCACUCUCGGCUUCUAGCCGGCUUCGCACGUGGAAACCCUGUGGGUAAGUUUUUCCAGAAAAAAAAAAUGCCCAAGUUCAAGGUGGCCCGUGGGGCCGGGAAUCAGGAGAAGCAUGCGCCUUUGGCCGAGCAGAUUCUGGCCGGGAACGCAGUGCGCGCGGGAACCCGAGACAAACGGCGGGGACGCGGGGUCGAAGAGGAGGAAGAGUACGUGGGACCCCGGCUGAGCAGACGGAUUUUGCAGCAAGCCCGGCAACAGCAGGAGGAGCUCGAGACGGAACAUGGGACCGGAGAGCGGCCGGCAAAACCGCGUGAGCGCGCCACGCGGCUGGGGCCAGGACUGCCACAGGAUGGAUCUGAUGAUGAAGAUGAAGAGUGGCCUACCCUGGAGAAGGCAGCCAAAAUGACCGGUGUGGACCACCAAGCAGAGGUGGUCGUGGAUCCUGAAGAUGAACGUGCCAUUGAAAUGUUCAUGAACAAGAACCCUCCUGUCAGGCGCACCCUGGCUGAUAUCAUCAUGGAGAAGCUGACGGAGAAGCAGACAGAGGUGGAGACGGUCAUGUCGGAGGCAUCAGGCUUCCCCAUGCCUCAGCUGGAUCCCCGGGUCCUAGAAGUCUACAGAGGAGUUAGGGAGGUAUUAUCAAAGUACCGCAGUGGCAAACUGCCCAAGGCUUUUAAGAUCAUCCCUGCACUGUCCAACUGGGAGCAGAUCCUCUACGUCACUGAGCCUGAGGCCUGGACUGCAGCUGCCAUGUAUCAAGCCACCAGGAUUUUUGCCUCUAACCUGAAGGAACGUAUGGCUCAGCGCUUCUACAACCUGGUCCUGCUUCCCCGAGUACGAGAUGACAUUGCCGAGUACAAACGGCUCAACUUUCACCUCUACAUGGCACUCAAGAAGGCCCUGUUCAAGCCUGGAGCCUGGUUCAAAGGAAUCCUGAUCCCGCUGUGUGAGUCCGGCACUUGCACCCUCCGCGAAGCCAUCAUCGUCGGCAGCAUCAUCUCAAAGUGCUCCAUCCCCGUGUUGCACUCCAGUGCGGCCAUGCUCAAGAUUGCUGAGAUGGAAUACAGCGGUGCCAACAGCAUCUUCCUGCGCCUGCUGCUGGAUAAGAAGUACGCAUUGCCCUACCGGGUGCUAGAUGCCCUGGUCUUCCAUUUUCUGGGCUUCCGGACGGAGAAGCGCCAGCUUCCUGUGCUCUGGCACCAGUGCCUCCUGACAUUGGCACAACGCUACAAGGCUGACCUGGCCACAGACCAGAAAGAGGCCCUCCUAGAACUGCUCCGACUGCAGCCCCACCCACAGCUGUCCCCUGAAAUCAGGCGUGAGCUUCAGAGCGCAGUCCCCAGAGAUGUGGAGGAUGUGCCUGUCACCAUGGAAUGACAGUGCCACCUGUCUUGGGCCAGGGGCCGUGGGAGGACACCAGGUGGUGGCCCAAGAUGUAAAGACGGACCAGGGUCGAGGACUGAAGGGCUACCGAGGUAUCUGCGACUCCAGUCCUGGGAGGGCGGGCUCAAUCUGUUUGGCUGUCUCUGCCAUUCUAGGCCGCGGUCCCCGUUCACUCCUGGAGUCCGCCUGCAGUUACCCCAGAUCAGCACCCAGCAACCUUGCUGGCACCUGGCGUACGGGCUGCUGUCCAGUUACUGUGUCAGCUCACUGGUGUGUGGAUAAACAAAGGCCGUUAUUUAUUGGA